UGUUAUAAAGCCUGUAUGUAGAGGUUUUGUAUAAUGUGAUGCUCUCUUGAACAUCCCACGAGCCAUACACCCAUCGUUCUGCUCAAAUAAAAACUUAGCCAGCCUCAUUCUCUUUUAUCCUUAUCUCUGCAACACCUCUCCAUUCUUCAAUUAUUUUUCUUUCUUCAUCCAUCACCUUUCUGUUUUUUUCCUCCCCAGAUCAAUCGUUUCUGCUUAUAACCACCAAAACCCAUAAAACGCAAACCCUUCUCCUUCUUCUUCUUCUUCUUCUUCAUCUUCUUCUACUUCCCUAUUUAGGAUAUAUAUAUAUAUAUAUAUAUAGUAUUGGCAGUGUUGAAUAUGGCUCUUGAAACAUUACUUGUAAAGGUGAAAACAGCACUAUCACACAGCUUUGAUACGGUGAAAUCCUCAACAAUUGCACCCACGUCUAGAAAAGAAUCGAAGCAUGAGAAAUCAAACGUCGACGUUUUGGCUUUCGAGAUCGCAGGUCUCAUGUCAAAGCUUCUCCAUCUAUGGCAAUCUCUCUCCGACAAGAACAUUAUCCGCGUCCGAAACGAAUCAAUUUCUCUCGAAGGAGUCCGAAAGAUCGUAUCCAACGACGAGUCAUUUCUCCUCGGUCUCGCCUGCGCAGAGAUGACCGAGAACAUCAGACACGUGGCAAAAUCCCUUUCGCGGCUAAGCAAGCGAUGCAAAGAUUCCAGCUUGAGGUCCUUUGAGGAGGAUUUUAAUCGGUUCGCCAACUCGGGUCAUGACCCGCACUGUUGGGUUCUGAGCCCGAAAGAGAUGGAAGCCAAGAGCAGGAGGAUGGACAGGUACGUGACUGUUACAGCCACGUUGUAUAAAGAAAUGGAGGAGCUUUCGACAUUGCAGAGUUCGUUGAGAAAAACUGUAGAUCAGUCUGAUAAUAUUCAGAGCUUGUCGAUUAAAGAGCAAAAGAUUAUCGAUCUGCAACAAAAGAUUUUCUGGCAAAGACAAGAGGUGAAGUAUCUAAAGGAGAGAUCUUUAUGGAACAGAAGCUUUGACACAGUUGUUUCAAUUCUUGUGAGAUCAAGUUUCACAGUCUUGGCAAGAAUUAAGCUUGUUUUUGGGCUUGGCCAUGGCUACCCAGCUUCUCUACCUCGCUCUCUCUCAGCUUCAGCAACAGUCCACCCAACUGAAAACCCUAACUUCGUGUCAAAGCUAGACGAAAAGAAAGAUUUACUCAACGAGUUUUUCGAGUCGAAUUCGAAGAUACUUAAGCCGCCGGCAAGCACGCUUGGAGCCGCGGCUUUAGCUCUGCACUACGCAAACUUGAUUAUCGUCAUGGAGAAGAUGAUAAAGCAGCCGCAACUGGUUGGUGUUGAUGCAAGAGACGACCUUUACGCCAUGCUUCCGAGCAGUAUAAGAUCGUCGUUGAGAGCGAGAUUGAAAGGAGUUGGGUUCUCUGCAAGUGAUCCUGCACUCGCCGGAGAAUGGAGGACGGCUUUAGUCAGGAUCUUGGGAUGGUUAUCUCCUCUGGCACAUAACAUGAUCAAGUGGCAAAGUGAAAGAAGCUUUGAGCAACAAAACCUGGUCCCAAAAACAAAUGUUCUUCUUUUACAGACAUUGUUCUUUGCAAAUAAAGAAAAGACUGAAGCCGCCAUUACAGAGCUUCUAGUGGGUUUGAACUAUAUUUGGAGAUUUGAAAGGGAGAUGACAGCAAAGGCGUUGUUCGAAUGCAGCAACUUUAAUAAUGGGUUGUCGAAUUUGCAGAGUUCGGCGACCUAAGGAAGCCAGCUUUUAUUAAUUUACUUCAUCUUUUCUUUCUCUUGAUCUUUCUGGUUUUGUUUUGAUUUUGUUAAUUUCUGCAAUUUUAUCAUGGUUGAAUAUUCUAGUUUCAACUAAGAGUUUCAGAUCUUUGAGGGUUUGUUUUGCAAUCCUAACCCUGAUCUGUACAUGGUAAUUUAGAGAUAAUAUGUAUGUAAAUGAUC